ACCUAUUUCGCGUCGCGGAUGUAGCUACUUUUUUUAACCCGCCGGUCAGUCAAUUUCCCCGGAUUAAUCCGCGGUGGGUAAAGCGCGCCUGCUGAAGAGGCCCGCGCGACUCUAGAAGAAACACGCUUUCGGUGUGCGCGUGCAACGAUUCGAAUAAUACAGGAAGAUUAAGAGAUAUCUGUGCAGAGAUGUCUGGCGCCAGUGUGAUUCGCGGCCCUGCUGGAAGCAAUGACUGCCGCAUCUAUGUUGGUAAUCUGCCUCCCGAUAUCCGCACUAAAGAUGUCGAAGAUGUGUUUUACAAGUACGGAGCCAUUCGAGACAUCGAUCUGAAAAACCGGCGAGGCGGGCCUCCAUUCGCCUUUGUUGAGUUUGAAGACCCCAGGGAUGCCGAAGAUGCUGUAUAUGCCCGGGAUGGCUAUGACUAUGAUGGCUAUCGCCUUCGAGUGGAGUUUCCAAGGAGUGGACGGGGUAUGGGGAGAGGAGGUUUUGGAGGAGGAGGAGGAGGUGGUGGUGGUGGUGGCGGCGGCGGUGGUGGUGGUGGGGCUCCCAGGGGUAGAUACGGACCCCCAUCCAGGCGUUCUGAGUACAGAGUAAUUGUUUCAGGGCUUCCACCAAGCGGUAGCUGGCAGGAUUUGAAGGAUCACAUGCGUGAAGCAGGUGAUGUAUGUUAUGCUGACGCUUUCCGAGAUGGAACUGGUGUGGUGGAGUUUGUCCGCAAAGAAGACAUGACCUACGCCGUUCGAAAACUGGAUAACACAAAAUUCCGGUCACAUGAGGGAGAAACUGCAUACAUCCGUGUGAAGGUGGACGGUCCCCGCAGUCCAAGUUAUGGAAGAUCAAGGUCAAGGAGCCGCAGUCGCAGCAGGAGUCGUAGUCGCAGCAACAACCGCAGCCGAAGCUACUCCCCACGGCGCAGCCGAGGAUCCCCACAAUACUCUCCUCGCCAUAGCCGCAGUCGCUCUCGAUCCUAAAACACUCCACUCCUCACCUUUCUGGUGUAACUCAUGGGUGGAGCUGUUGACCUGUUUUGAUUUUACAGUCUUUACACAUCAACCCCAUGUUUUAAUUUUUCCCUUUGUUUCGUGAGACAAAUGUGGUCUUAUGAAUGUUGUCUUCCUGUUCUCUUCUCUGGUCACCACCAUAUUUUUCUUUUUGUCUUUUUUUUUUUUUUUUUUUUUAUAAACAUUUAAAACUAACUGCAUUUUACUUUUGUUUCCCCCCCAUGAUUUUAUUUGAUUUUUUUAAUAGUAAGUGGAAGUCUUUUUCAUAGACUGAACGAAGGGAUAUGUAAUAGCUCCCGAUAUUUUUGUAAAUGUCAUGUAUGAAAGUUUCAUAUGAUAAUUGGUUCCACAAUAACUAUGUUUUAUGCCGUCUUCCUCUAGAUCUGACAAAACUGGUUUGUAAUAAAGGAUUACUAAAUCCAUACUUUCUGUAAAAGGCUGAGUUUAAACAAUAUAUCAAAAUCCUAAAUGCUUUACUAGGAAAUUGAAACCACCUCAGCCCUCUGGGUACAAUUUGGGUAUCUCAUCAAUUGGUUUAGAAUUUAUUGUAAUGUCAGAGCAUCUAUGUGGUGCAUAGUGAAGUUGUACUGGUCAAACAUUCUUGUUAGAUUACAACUAUCAGAAUUAACUUUCAGUCAUAGUGUUAGGUUUGGUAGGGUUAUUUGUUAGUCUCUGUCUUGGCCUUAGUGCUGUAUGCAUGCAUCAAAGAAGGCAGGUUUGAGUAGAUUUGGUUCUAACUCUUUACCUCCUUUGUUUUGAUUUUGCUGGUAUUUAAGGUUUGGAUUGGAGGAGAGGCUCAGUGGAUGCCGGAUCACUGGGAUCAGUACAUAAUGAAGAUAGGAUAGGGAAUGCUGGAUACAUGGAACAAGAUCAAUUGCCCCAGGAUCAUAGGAUUAAAACCAGUUCAAAAGUUCCCCUCCCUGUCUCCUUUAUUUUCUCUUACCAUUUGGAAAAUGUAAACAUUUCGGCCCUUCACAAUUUUUUUUUUUUAACACAUUGGAGGAGCAGAUGCUGGAGCAGUCUAUUGGGAUGGAUUCGACAGGAACAGUAUGGUAAACUGAGGGAAGUACAUUUGGGAUGGGGGUAUACUCGGGCAUUUUUAGAUAUACGCUGUCCAGUUAUGGAUAGUAGAUGCUUUAAAAUCAGUAGUGUUUGUUUAAUUUCAGUGAAGGUGUUUUUUUUUUGUUUCGUUUUUCUUUUUGCCUCAAUAAAGGUUUCAUUGGUACAUAAA